AUGAAUAAAGUGCAGAACAAAUCAAAAAUAUAUAUGAAUUUAUUUUUGUUAAAUUCUAUUUAUUCAUUGAUUUUUUUAAUAUUUACAGAAAUUUUUUUUUUUUUAUUGGAUGGGAUAAAUACGUUUGAAUUAAUACAAACUAAGGAAAGAUUAUCUCAAAUAAUUUGGUGUGUUUUUUUUGUAGUACAAUUAGGUGUCUUAAAAAUAGCAGAAGUACUUUCACAAAAUGCUGUCGAAAAGCAAAUAACAUGCGUUCAUUAUUUAUUUAUUAUAUAUAGUGUUUUGCUUCCUUUAUCAUCUUUACUUUUAUUUACCUCUUCUUUAUCAUGGACAAAAUUAAUUUACUUCACACAAGUUUUAAGUUUAUCUACUUCAAUAAAAAUAAGAAGGUUAUUAAUUAUUUGUCUAAUAACAUUAAUUACUGGAUGUUUACGUUUUUAUCAUAGCUUACCCACUUCAGACAUCAUAUUUUGUUUUAGUCUUCUUCUAGGAGUUCAUAUAUUAAUAUCUAUAAUAAUUCAUAUAGCAUUAUAUACUUUGGCCAAGCAGAUUGCUUACAUUAAAGAAAAGCCAUUGAGGGCUUUUGAUAACAUUGAACCCUAUUUUCAUGAAUUGGAAAAAAAAGCUAUUUUAAUAAGAAAUAAUUUAAUUUUUCGAGAACAAAAUAAUAUUAGUGUAGAUAUCCUAGGAAAUUACUUAUUUGAAGAUGAAUUAAAUAAUGGUAUUAAAAGAAUCAAAAAAAGUAAUAAAAGUAGAGGAAGUUUAGGUGAUUACAAUAAUGAUUUAAUUAAUGUUCAUUACGAGACUCCAUUAGACAUUAGUGAUGUUAAUUGUUCUAGUAUUAACACAUUUCAUUCAUAUCUAGAAGAUGCUUUACAAAAUAAAAGUGCUUCUUCAAGUAAAAAAUUAAAAAAAAAAAAAAUAAGUGAACAUGAUUCGAAAAACUUUUUAAAUUUCAAUAAUAAAAGCUUAAGAAGUAAUCUUACAAAUUCAAAUAGCAACUUAAAUCAAAGUUAUAACAACCGGGAGGUAAGCAGAAGGCAAUGUACUAAAAAUAAGCAAAUUAAAAAGAAAAAUACCUAUUUGCUUGAUAAUCCAAUAAAGGAUAAUAACGAUAUCAACGUAAGUAAAAAUGAUUAUAUAAAUAAGGAUUAUAAUAAUAAUUUUUUAAUAUCACAGAAUUAUGAGGAUGACUCCAAAAAUUAUAAUACUGUUAAAUAUUCUAACUUUAAAAAGUUUAAUAACAAAGUAGUAAAUAGGGAAUUAGAAGAGUUAAACAACAAAUAUUGUAGGGAAACAUAUAAAAAAGAAAUUGUUCAAAAGCAUUUUUCUUUAUUACGCAGUGGACAUGGGAGGUUUAAUAGAAAAAGGAAUAUUUUACUCUCUGAAGAAUUAAAAAAUAAAAUUAAUUAUGUUUAUUUUGACAAAAAUUAUAAAAUUAAAAGAUCAAAAAUAAUACCAAUAUAUGUAUUAGAGAGGCAUAAUUUGAAUGAUCUUUCAACUUAUUUAAAUGAUAAUAUAUCUAUAAAAAUUAAUAAUUAUUAUAAAUUUUAUAUGCUUCUUCAUAAAGAUUCACUUUUUAUUACUGAUGAUGAUAAUAAUGAUAUUGUGAAUUUGAGUUCAUUAAAAGGUAUAAAAAAUAACAAUAUAUAUGAAGGGAAUUCCAUUAGUAGCAAUGAAAACUUCAAAUAUUGCUGUAAUAGUAAUAAAUGUAAAAAAAGAAAAACUUUUACCCCAAAACGUAAUCCUUAUAAAAAUUAUUUUAAUAAUAAUGCUAAUAUAUCUAGUGAAAGAUUGUUUGAUGCUCUCAACUCCAAGCUAAUGAUCACAUGUGAAAAGAGAAGAAUAUCUAAUUUAAAUUCAUAUUCAUUGAAUAAAUAUAAUAAAAAGAGUUGUGAAAAUAUAUUACAAAACUCUUUAAAUAAUACAAGGGUAUUUUAUUUAAUAAACUCCAGUAAUUUAAGAAGAAAUACAAGCACAAGUGAGCCUUCAUAUUCAAAUGUAAAAAAUUAUAGUACUCAGUUUUAUCAUCUCCAUUCUCAGAAUAAAAUAAAUAACUAUUUUCUAGAAAAUGAUUCUAAAUUUCAUGUAAAUAAAUCAGAAAAUAUAAAAAAUAAAUUAAGUUCACAAGAAUCAAGUGAUAAUAACUUAUCUUAUAAUGGCAUAUUUUAUGUAGAUGAUGCUUUAGAUGACUCUGCUAAAACAAAUGAAAGGGUAGAAAGUGAAAAUGUAACUAGCCAAUAUAAUACAUUUUCAUCAAAUGACAAUAUUAGUGAAAAAAUAAAAAAUAAAAAGGAUGAAAAAAUAAAAGAAAUAAUAAUAAAAAAGAAUAUGACUUUUAUCAAUAAUACAAAUGAAAAUUACACAAAAAACGAAGAAAAGAAAAAUAGAAGCUACUGUUUUCUAUGCAAAAAUAAAAAAAAUAAUUUGGUUGAAAGAACAAACGUAAAUAGUUUUUCAAGUAUCAGUGAAGGUGAAAAUAGGGAAAAAAAAAGUAAGGAAAAGAACCUCCCAAAAAAUAAUAUUCAAUUUCUUAAUGAUAAAAAAUACAAGAAAAAAAAUAAAAAAAUGUCUCAAGGGAACCUUAAAAAAAAAAGUGAUUAUGAUACUUAUGAAACAAGUUCAGAGGAAAUGGUAGUAGGCAAUGGUAAAUAUCAUUGCAAUAAAUGCAGAAGAAAAAAAACAAAUGAAAAUUUUAAGAAAAAAUGUAGUUGCUCCAUUAUAUCUAAAUUAUCAAUGAAAAAUAAAACAGAGUCUAAUAUAAUUUCAAAUAAAAAUUUUAAGGAGUUUUAUGAUUUUAUAUCAUCAAAUUACAAAAAUAAGCCUUAUAAUAUAGAAAAACACAAAUUUUGUUAUAAUUUUAAAGGAUUUCUUUUAUCUAUAAAUCCUAUAAGCAAUAUUUUUGAAAAAAUAAAAUCAUUCUGGGAAAAAUUAGAUAAUAAAGUUAUUUAUUGGAAAAAGUACAAUGACAUUUUAUACGCAUCUCAAUGGAAAAAUAGCAUACAGGAUAAUGAAUUGGAGUAUAUAUUAAAAUAUAAAAAUUUUAUGAAAUGGUAUAAUUAUUGGGUAAAAAACAUUUUAUUUAAUUACUAUAAAAGAACAUAUAUUUUAAAAAUUUUCUUAUAUAUUCUCAACGUUCUCUUAAUUUAUUUACAAAUGCGCAUUACUUAUUUCUUGCUUAAAAUGAAUAGCAGUGAAAUAUUUAAGUCCCCCAAUCCUUUUUAUACAGGAAAACCUUUAAGAAAAAACUCCUCCUUAAAUACAUCCAUUGAUGAAAAUGUAUUCAAUCUUUUUAUUCGUAUGAGAAUACCCUUGCAACUUACCUUAAACAUUUUAUUUGUUAUACCAUCAAUGAUAGUAAAAAAUUACAAAAAUAUAAAAAUAUUAAAUAUAUUUGCUGUUUUGAAUUGUUUGAUAAAUAUAUUUUUUGGAAUGAUGGAUAUUGCCUAUUCUUUGAAUAGCAGAAUGUAUAACUUAGAUGGAUUAUACGUUAUAUUAAAUUACUAUAAUAUGUUCGAUAUAUUUUUAGUUGGAAAAUUAACUACAAAUAUUUUUUUAAUACCUUUUAUUACGAAUUUUAAUGAAAAUAAAACUUCUACACUUAUUUAUUUUAGCUGCUUUUGUUAUAUAGGAACGUUUUAUUAUUUCUUUAACCCUUUGGAAUUUUCUAUUAAAUUAAUGUAUAUUACCAAUUUUGUUCUUCUUAUAGCUAUAGCCAUAUCAACAAACUAUUACUCAAAGUUAAUAAUGAAAUCUAGGAAAUUAUUAUUUGUUAAAUAUGUAUUACCAUAUUUUAUUUAUUUGACAUUUCUGAAUACAGAUCCAAAUAUACAAAUGGAAAUAAAAGAAAAAAAAAUUAUAUAA